AUGAAAAAAGGUGUAACAUAUCCAUUAAAAAUCGAUACAAAUUUAUCAACAGUAUCAUCAUCAGUAAAUUAUAAUGAUAUAGAAUGUGUUGAUAUCAAAUCUAAUGGACAUUAUAUUGUAAAAUUUAUGUAUAGAGAAUGGGUAGGACCAUUAAAUUUAAUGACGACACAAAAAACUUCAAUUAAAAUUUCAAUCGAUCUAAAAGAACAAACUGUAACAUGCACACAUACCGAUAAAAAGAAAACUGUUUAUCGUUGGGGUGAAUUUCCAAAUAAAAAAGAAACUGAACAAAAUAAAAAAGAAGAUAAUCCAGUACAAUAUGAAACUUUUUUAUCUUCAAAUUUUAAUUCUGAAAAAUAUGUUAAUGAUUUAUUUACACAUAAAACUGAUCAACAAGCAACUGUUCAUUUACAAUAUUUAGAAAAUCGAAAAUUAGGAUGUAUUGAUCAUUUAAAAAAGGAUGUAUAUAAAAAUCAUUUAAUAUUUAUUGGUGCUUCAAAAGAAAUUGCAAAUUCUGAAGUUGAUAUGUUAGAUUUUAGAAAUUUAAUAUCAGAUUAUGGUAAUGUUAUGUCAUCAUUACAAAAUAUAUCAAUUAGUUGGGAUCAUUAUAAAGUUAAAAAAAGUGGUAAAAUUGAUUUCGAACCAUUAUCACCUGCAACUGAACCAAUUCAAUGGUUAACUACUGCUCCAAAUGAAUUAUCAGUUUCAAUUGAACAAAGAGAAUUUGAAGUUGCUGUUGGUUUAGUUGAAAAAAUUAAUAAAAUUUAUGAAUCAAAUCCAAAAGUUGAAAUUGUAAUGCAAACACAUCCAUUAAAAGAUCAAAUUGAGAAUAAAGUUAAAAUAUUAACAGAUAAAUUAAUGAAUGAAUUAAGAAGCCCAUUAUUAAAAGCUAAUCAAAUUAAAGAUACAAUUUCGUUACUAGUUAGAUUAUCACAAAAUGAUAAAGCGAAAUCAAUAUUUUUAGAGAGUAGAAGUCAUUCAAUUAAUCAAGCUAUUAAAAAGAUUGUUUUUAGUGGUGAUUUAAAUAGAUUCAUUGGUGAAUUGGCUAGAGUUAUCUUUAAUUCAAUCAAUUCAACUUGUAAUGAUUUCACAAAUUCAUUUCCUUCUUAUAUGAAUUCUGGUUUAGUUUCUUGGAUCAUUGAAGAAUUAGUAUUAAUUUCUGAUAUUUUUAAUAGACAAGUUUUUAUUUUAGAUAAUUUUUAUUCAAUUUCUCAAGCAAUUAGAAUUAUUGAAUCACAUUGUGAAAUGAUGGAUCAAACUGGUUUAUCAAUUGGAUUUUAUUGGAAUUUAUUAUUACAACCACAUGUUGAACAAUUAAUUGUAAAUUAUGAAAUAAAGAUUAGAGAUAGUAUGUUACAUCAAUUAAUGGAUGAAAAAUGGAAUGGUGUUUCAAAUUGGGAUUAUGAAGUAAAAUCACAAUUAAAUUCAUUACCAUCAUCAUUAAAAAAUAGUGGUACUCCAAAUAGUGGUGGUAGUGGUAUUAGUAAUAAUAAUAGUAAUAAUAAUAAUAAUUAUCAAUCACCAAUAAUUAAUAAUAAUUUUAAUAGUGGUGGUGGUAAUAAAAAAAUUGGAUUAACAUUUCAACAAAUGCAUCAAGAUAAUUUAAAUAAUAUGGAAGAUAUUGAUCAAGGUAGAUUAAAAUUAACAUCAAGUACUAUAUUUUUAAAUACAAUAAUUCAAAAGUUUGCAAUUGAUAUUUGUCAAAUUAUUACAAUUGAUUUGAUACCAGUGAUUUCUCAAUCACUUGGUAGUAUUUUCAAAGAUUAUAUGAGUUAUUUAAAAAAUGAAAUUCAAAAAGAAUAUUUAUCAGAUACUCAAUGUUUGGCGAUCAUUAGUGAUUCAGUUUAUAUUGUCGAUGAUUUAGUAUCAAGAAUUGCAACUAGAUUCGAAGAUGCAACAGGUGAGAAAUUAAAUAACCUAACUCAGUUAUCGUCAUUGUUGUAUAGUUAUUUCGAGUCAAUUAGAGACCAAUAUUCAACUAGAAAAGCAUUGGAAUUGGUGGAUAAUAGUAUGAAUUGGGAAGAACAAGAAUAUCAAGUCGAGGAAGAGUUGGACCCAUUUCCAAAGAAUUUUAUUGUUUUAUCAGAAGCUUUGGAUAGAUUGGCUGAAUCAAUUCAAACCAAUGUCAAUGUUGAAAGUGUUUUACCAAUUGCCUCUAGAAUCAUCUCUGAAAUCGUUAAUAUCAUUUCAAAUAGAUUCGAAUCUACUUCAAAUUUGGUUUUCGGUUAUGGUGGUUUACAACAUUUCAUAUUGGAAAUGAAAUAUUUAGCAACUUUUGCUGGUAAAUAUCCUGUUGAAGAUUCAACUUUUGAAUUAAUUAAUACAAUGAUUAGAAAUCAUAAAGAAAUUUAUUUAAAUAAUACUUCUGAUCCAAAACCUUUAAAAACUGAAGAAUAUUUUACUUCAAUCAUUGAUAAUUUAGUUUAUCAAAAAGCAGUUUAUAAUUAA